GACUCUCAAUUCCUGGGAAAAAAUCUGCAGUUGGUGAUGAAAAUUGACUCUCGGCUUAGUUCCCACCCGAUUGUGAAAAAUGUGAACACGCCUGACCAGAUCAAUGCUAUGUUUGAUGCUAUAUCCUACAGAAAGGGGUCGUCUGUGUUAAGGAUGCUGGAGGACUUCAUGGGAGAUUCUUUUCAAGCAGGAAUUAAUGCUUUCCUCAAGAAAUAUGCCUAUGCAAAUGCUGUCACAAAAGACCUUUGGACUGAACUUACCUUAUCCUGGGAAGGAAAUCACCCUGAGGAAGAGAAGGGUGAUGUGGGUGCCAUCAUGGACACUUGGACAAGACAAAUGGGCUAUCCUGUGGUGAAUGUGGUGAGGUCAGCCCCGGACACCUUCACUCUAACGCAGGAACGCUUCCUGCAAGACCCAACAGCUGAAUAUGAUCCAUCUGAGUCAGAGUUUGGAUAUAGAUGGGAUAUCCCUAUUGGAUACAUUACUUCUCACUCUCCUCUUAAGAAGACCUGGCACUAUCUGGAGCAGGAGUCAGUGCAAAUAAAGGUAGAUCCAGAAGUCAGCUGGGUUAAACUGAACAUCAACCAAAAGGGCUACUACAGAGUCAAUUAUGAACCAGCCAUGUGGGACCAGCUUGCAGACCUCUGUGCUGAGCAAGUACUGCACCCACCAGACCGUGCUAAUCUCUACAAUGAUGCUUUGGCUCUUGCUGAUGCUGAACUGCUGGAUUACCCUGUGGCCUUAAACCUCACUCGCUCUCUGGCUUUUGAAACAGACUAUGUGCCUUGGACUGCUGUUGUCGGUCAACUGAUUGAAAUGGAGAAACUGCUGCUUGAAACCAUUGUCAACCAGCCAUUUAGUGACUAUGUUUUAACUUUGGUGGAACCAAUCUAUAGUUCUCUUGGAUGGGCCGAUACAGGAGACCACCUCCAAAAGUUGUUGCGCACUGACGUGGUCAGUAUUGCCUGCGCAAGUGGAAGCAAAGGCUGCCUGCAAGAAGCAGCGACAGAACUGGGAUCCUGGAUCAACGACAGCACUUAUCCUUUGCCACUAGGGACCAAGAGACAG